CUUCAUUCCCACUACUUCUAUUUUCUCCUUUUGCUUCCAAUAUUUUCAUUCAUAUCAUAAGUCAUCACUCUCCAUUUCUCUAGAACAGUAGAACUUAUUAUUUUAACAAUUAUCAAUGGCACGUUUUGCAAGAAUGCUUUUGAUUGCUUUGGUUAUUAUAUUAGUUUGUGUUGCACCACGUUUUGAAGCAAGAAAACUAUUGAACAACGUGGAUAAGAAGAAGAAUAAUGAUCUUUUACCUAUUCAAGAAGCCAAUUUGCUACUAAAUGCCCUUCCUAAAGGCAAAAACACUCCUUCUUCCCCAAGCAAAAAAGGCCAUGCCACACUAGUAAAUACGAAAAGACAAUAUGUUAGCGGCUAUGCUGAAUUGGAGUCAGUCCCUAGUCCUGGAAUUGGCCAUGUUGAUCGCAAGUUGGAGUCAGUACUGAGUCCUGGAAUUGACCACGUUAAUCACAAUUUGGAAUCAGUCCCGAGUCCUGGAGUUGGCCACGUUGGUCGCAAUUCGGAAUCAGUCCUGAGCCCUGGAAUUGGCCGUGAUGAUCGCAUUUUGGAGUCAGUACCGAGUCUGGAAAUCGGCAAUGUUGAUGGCAAUUUGGAAUCAAUCCCGAGUCCUGGUAUUGGACAUGUUGAUCACAAUUUGGAAUCGGUCCCCAGUCCUGGAAUUGGCCAUAUUGAUCGCAAUUUAGAAUCAGUCCCAAGUCCUGAAAUUGGCCAUGUUGAUCGCAAUUUGGAAUCAAUCCCGAGUCCUGGUAUUGGACAUGUUGAUCACAAUUUGAAAUCGGUCCCGAGUCCUGGAAUUGGCCAUGUUGAUCGCAAUUCGGAAUCAGUCUCGAGCCCUGGAGUUGGCCACUGAUUGUGCAAUUUGUGCACGGACAACUUCUCAAUUUGCUGUGGGGAGCAAUAUCCCUACAACAUUAUGUUGGGACAUACAUGCUCAUUGAUUAUUUAAUGAGUUUUUUUUAAUCCACAUGUAAUUCUAGUUAGUGUAGUGCAUGGACAAAAUAUUCCAAAAGUCUCAACUGAAUGAUGUACGUAGUAGUAUAUAAAUAACCUGUCAAUAUCGAUUUGAUAGUUGCAUAUCUCAAAUGCCACGAGUUUGUUGGAGUCACAUAAAGAAUAAAUAACUAGAUUCUAUUAAAAAACAGAAAAAAACAUCCUUUUUAUUUUUAAAAAAAAUUAACGUAACAAUAAAAUUAUCAUUUUAUAUA